AUGGACACACUGCCUGAGGAACAGCUCAAGCAGGGCAUGCUGGCCUCUGGUAUCGCCCAUCAAGGCUCCGAUUCACAUCUACGGAGGCAAAUCGAUCAGCGUUUCGCGGAUGAAUCACCCUUUACCCAGCGUAAAGAAAGCAACAAACUGUUUGUAUCGUCUUGGACUCGUCUGCUCGGCGUAGCAUUCACCUCGUUGGCAGCAGCGUAUUUUUUGCUGCUUUGUUUUCGCUUUAUAGAGUCUGCGCGUCAGUGGUCCCCGCCCACUAGAUUUCUCGCAGAUCGUCGAGGUGAAUCAUGCUAUUCAGGCAGUGUGUCUGGGGAUGGCGAUGAAGGCGGCAGUUGGCCGACGGGGGAUUCGGCAGGUUUAGUGCUGGAGGGUUUUGGGGAAGGCAGCCCUUUGCUACAUCAUGAGGCUUCGGGAUUACAAGGCGCUGCCGGAGGAACACAAGUUCAAGUAGUUGCUGCUGGAUUACAAGGCGCUGCUGGAGGCGCAGAAGCAGAAGUAGAUUUAGAGGCAGAGGCUGACGAGGAGGUUUGGGGAUACGUUAGUGGCGCUGCUUCUAACCCACAAAGACCAUUCAGGGCACAUAAUGUGCACUUAUGGGAAGGCCGGAACCUGCCUGUGGAAGAAGAAGAGCGCUUACUACGUCUCUUUGAGGGCAUGAAAGAGGCUGCGAGUUCAUGCCGAUCGUUGUUUCCAGUGUUGACGCACAAGCAGCGUUUGCAGCUGACAACCCAAGUGCUGAAGUUGCUCGCCCUGGAUUUGGGAGCCAUUUGCCUAGUUAAGGAGGAUAAAGAGCCUCAUAGAAGGGCCGUGGGCGACUCUCUCAUUCAGUUGGCAAAUGACGCACUUGAACAAGCGAAUGAGUGCCCAAGCUAUAGAAAGCUCCGCGAUAGGAUUAAAAAUUUGGUAUCUUUGAUUAAUGAAUUGAAGACACCGAGGUAUCUACCAAGGGAAAAGCGCGCUGACAAAUACAAAAGGAAGAUGAUAGCAAUACUGGCAACUGCCGAAGUGGCGCUGAAGAACUGUAUGGGAGUUUUGAAUGGGCUGCUGCAGCUUAGGCAAGAUACAUUGGCAGGCCAGCUCCGAGAGCAAACAGUACAGCAGCAGAUAGAUGUUAUAAAAUCUAUUUUCAGAGCCCACGCUGAUCAUUUGGCUAGAGACGGUAGCCUUCGUCAACACAUAUUGCAUUGUCAAAAGCGUACAGGCGUGUAUGCGCUCCUCACUGCCGAUCAUUUCAAAGUGUCCUCAGACAAAAUCGCUCCAGUGAAAGAGCUUAUGAACCAGAUACUCGAGGCUGUAAGAGCUGCUGGCGGUCUUCUGCAAGCUCAACAGCUAGCAACGCAUGAGCUCGACAGUGCUAGCGGGGAAUUGGAGAGGCGGAUUGGUCACGACGAGAGGCUGAUGGAACAACGGGGCCCAAAGCCGCCGGAAAAGGAUUUGGUGGAAACGGUGCAGUCUUCGCCUUACGCAACAGCUGCUGCGGCGCGUACAGGAGUGGUGAAAACCCGUCCGCCCCUAGCCGGAUUUUCACUGUGGCAACCUGACCGGCCGCCUCGACUAGGUGCUGGACCGGUUCGGCAGCAACUGCACACACAUAGUUCCUCCUGGAGACCUCAGGAUCAAUUGCCACAGCUUCUCCCUGCCCAAGUGUUUUUUCCAGUGCCUCUUCUCUUGAUUGUGCCGCCGCAAGCACCUACGAGGGGAGUUCCAUUCACCCAUCCAUCUUUCCCUCCACCGCAGAUGUUCUUUGCACGACCGCCUCAACCGUCAGAUGUGCAGCAGACUGCACGUCCACCUCAUAGCGUCUCACCUCAGCAGGCAUAUGCUGGUCGCAGCGCUGCAGCGCCUUUUGUUCCCCCUUCUCCGCUGCCGCGUGUGGAUGUGAGUGAACCGUCUCAGCGGCUGCAGCCGCCAGCGCCUCUUCAGGAAGAAGGCUACAGUCUCUUUGGAGGUGGCGGCAUACCCCCCUGGUUGCCUUUUUCACAGGCUUCACCUGCCUCUACAGAGAGACGCCCCACUGCAAGUGACGCAAGGACGCAUUGUAAAGAGGAAGAGGACGCCCGAAGUCGCAUGACGGAUGGUCAGGACGAAGCAAGAGAUAGCUUCCCGAGUGGUCGUACUUGGAGCGGCUGGGAUUAG